CCAUCCCUGCCUGUGCCUGCCCUGCUUGAUUGAUGAUUCAAUGCCAAUUUGUUGUCUUUCCGCUCUUCAUUUAACUCCUCCUUUGACCAGUUUUUGCUCCUCCCCUCCAUUCAUUCUCAAUCUCCAUCGCCAUUUUUCUGCUUGAAGCUCCAUUUACACUGUGUGAAUCAAGAAAGUUUCCUCCUUUUCCGUCGUGCACACCAGGUGUUUGUGUUUAGGCGUCUGUGAGAGUGCCGCCUCCUUGCUGUGGUAGAACAAGCAUGGUGAUGGAAGGGAUUCAGGAGGACAUGAUGGGUGAUGGGAGUAGCAUGCAGUGCACCAACCAUCCUUACAAGAACAGCAGCAGUCCGGGAGGGAUUUGUGCCCUGUGUCUUCAAGAAAAGCUUGGGAAGCUGGUUUCUUCCUCUUUCCCUUCAGCCAUUUUCCCUUCUUCUUCUUCUUCCUCCACCCCAUCCUUUAGAUCUGAUCUUGGUGGCUCGGUGAUGACCGCCGGUGCCCCGGGUUCAUCUCUGCCUCUCAGCAAGGCGGGUGAUUGUGGCUACAAUCACCAUCAUACUCAGUUUGCCUCCAUCAGGAAGCCAAGAAUGCCCUUUCAGAGGAGGAAGAAGAAGAGUAGUGGCGAGGCUUCUGCUAUCGUGUUCAAGAGAAGCAAGUCCACUGCCGCUCCGAGAAACAAGAUGGGUUUUUUGGAUACCGACAGGAAUGGUGAAGAUUAUAGCCCCAUGAAAAGGGGUUUCUGGUCAUUUCUCUACUACCCAUCAUCAACAUCAAAGAAAGUUGAGAAGGCCGGCAUUAAAGAUGCAGGCUUUUCCUCCCCAUCUGCAUCUGUGGGUGGUCCUGUGGUGGUAAGAGACAAGAAAAGGGACAGCUUUGUAGUAGUGGAGGAGAACGAGGAGAGUCCUGAGCAGGCCACUGCUGCACAUGAUAGAAAGGUGUCCAGGUCCAGAUCUGUUGGGUGUGGGAGCAGAAGCUUUUCGGGAGACUUCUUUGAGAGAAUCUCAACUGGUUUUGGGGAUUGUACACUAAGAAGGGUGGAAUCUCAGAGAGAAGGAAAACCCAAAAUCCAAUCUGUCCAUCACAGGAACAGUGUGGCCUCUUCAGGGCAAGAGUGCAUCAGGGAAAGAGUGAAGUGUGGAGGAAUCUUCAGUGGUUUCAUGAUGAUCACUUCAUCUUCCUCAUCAGAUUGGGUUUCUUCCGAAGGGAGUGUGAAUGGGAAGUCUACUGUACCAUCGUCUUCGUCAAUGGAUCAUCAUCACAGCCACCACCACAACCAUCACCAUCAGCUAGCUCAUGGUAGGAUCAAGAAUUGGGGAUGGGCACUUGCAAGUCCAAUGAGAGCUUUCACUAAGCCAUCUACUGCAAAAACACAAACAUCAAACAAGAAUGCAUCUCCCAACUUGGCUUCCAUACCUUCCUUGUUGACUGUCAAAAGCUAGGAGAAAGGCUUGGCUUCCCCCCCCAUAUUGAGUAAAUCAGUCAAUAAUAUUACCACCACUACUACUAUUACCAUAGAAACCUUAAGUUUAUUAAUUACCACCCUCUUUAAAAAUGUGUUUAUUAUCUCUAAGUUGAUGCGUGCUGGUGUUGAUUUCUGUGGUUGGGCUUCAUUCAUGGAAUUCAUGUUAGUUUCCCUCUAAUGAUUCUUGGAAGGGCAGACAUGAUUUUCUUGGAUGUGAUCUAAUGCAGCCAUGUAAUUUGCUGGUAACAGACAUUAUGGAUGAGAAUAAUUGUCUUUUUUCUUUCUUGCCACCAUGAUAAUGCUAAUUUGGCUUUUAAUUAAUUUUUUUGUGUGGA